UUGAUGAAUGUCCAAGACACCGCUGUGGCUGCAGGAGCCGCCUGCACUAGGGCUCAGGCCGCGUGAGGCCGGAGCAGCAGGACUGGGCGCGCAGAGCGGGAGCAGGAGCUUGCUCUCCCGGGAGUUUCCUGCGCAGAGCCCCGCGCCUGCCGCGCGGGAGUUGCAGUCCGAGUGCCCUCCUCUCCCUCCUCCCCAUUCUCACCACAGCAUGUAAAGUCGCCUGUCCCUCCUCGGACUUUGCGGAGGCGGCAACUUUCCUCUCUUACCGCCGGGGGCCGAGCAGCAGCAGGCGCGCGGGGCAGCGCGCAGCAAGACCAGUCAGCCCCGCGUCCCGCUGCCCACCAUGAGCGAGGAGAGCCGCGGGGACAGCCGCGCCGAGAGCGCCAAGGACCUGGAGAAACAGCUUCGCCUGCGCGUGUGCGUGCUCAGCGAGCUCCAGAAGACCGAGCGGGACUACGUGGGCACCCUGGAGUUCCUAGUGUCGGCAUUCUUACACAGAAUGAACCAAUGUGCUGCAGCAAAAGUUGACAAGAAUGUAACGGAGGAAACAGUGAAGAUGUUGUUCUCAAACAUUGAAGAUAUCCUUGCAGUACAUAAAGAAUUCUUAAAAGUUGUGGAAGAAUGUCUACACCCAGAACCCAGUGCUCAACAGGAAGUGGGAACCUGCUUUCUUCACUUUAAAGACAGGUUUCGUAUCUAUGAUGAAUAUUGUAGCAACCAUGAGAAGGCACAAAAAUUACUUCUUGAACUGAACAAAAUAAGAACAAUCCGGACAUUUCUCUUGAACUGCAUGUUGCUUGGAGGACGAAAGAACACAGAUGUUCCCCUGGAAGGAUAUUUGGUAACUCCAAUUCAAAGGAUAUGCAAGUACCCUCUGCUCUUGAAGGAGUUGCUGAAGCGGACUCCACGGAAACACAGUGACUAUGCAGCAGUGAUGGAAGCCCUCCAAGCCAUGAAAGCAGUCUGUUCCAACAUAAACGAGGCCAAGAGACAGAUGGAGAAGUUAGAAGUUUUAGAGGAGUGGCAGUCUCACAUUGAAGGCUGGGAGGGGUCCAACAUCACGGACACCUGUACUGAAAUGUUGAUGUGUGGAGUCUUACUGAAAAUUUCCUCUGGAAAUAUUCAAGAACGGGUGUUUUUUCUUUUUGAUAAUCUUUUGGUAUACUGCAAAAGGAAACACAGACGGUUGAAGAACAGCAAGGCAUCCACGGAUGGACAUCGGUACCUCUUCCGGGGCCGGAUCAAUACCGAGGUGAUGGAGGUGGAGAACGUGGAUGAUGGCACGGCUGACUUCCAUAGCAGUGGACACAUUGUUGUUAAUGGUUGGAAGAUACAUAACACAGCAAAAAAUAAGUGGUUUGUGUGCAUGGCAAAAACACCUGAAGAAAAGCACGAGUGGUUUGAAGCUAUUUUGAAAGAAAGAGAACGACGAAAAGGUUUAAAAUUAGGAAUGGAGCAAGACACCUGGGUUAUGAUCUCUGAACAGGGUGAGAAACUCUAUAAAAUGAUGUGCAAACAAGGAAAUCUGAUCAAAGACAGAAAAAGAAAAUUGACAACAUUCCCUAAAUGCUUCCUUGGAAGUGAAUUUGUGUCAUGGUUGUUGGAAAUUGGAGAGAUUCACAGGCCUGAAGAAGGAGUUCACUUGGGACAAGCAUUAUUAGAAAAUGGAAUCAUCCACCAUGUUACUGAUAAACAUCAAUUCAAGCCAGAGCAGAUGUUAUAUAGAUUUCGCUAUGAUGAUGGUACGUUUUUUCCAAGAAAUGAGAUGCAGGAUGUGAUUUCAAAGGGCGUAAGAUUAUAUUGUCGUCUUCAUAGUUUGUUUACUCCAGUGAUAAGAGAUAAAGAUUACCAUUUAAGGACUUACAAAUCUGUGGUCAUGGCCAACAAAUUGAUAGACUGGUUAAUUGCACAGGGGGAUUGCCGCACCAGAGAAGAGGCAAUGAUAUUUGGUGUUGGACUCUGUGACAAUGGAUUUAUGCACCAUGUCCUUGAAAAAAGUGAAUUCAAAGAUGAGCCUCUACUUUUCCGUUUUUUUGCGGAUGAGGAAAUGGAAGGAUCAAAUAUGAAACAUCGACUUAUGAAACAUGAUUUAAAAGUUGUGGAAAAUGUUAUAGCUAAGUCACUGUUGAUUAAAUCUAAUGAAGGCAGCUAUGGCUUUGGGCUAGAAGACAGAAAUAAAGUUCCAAUAAUAAAAUUGGUAGAAAAAGGGUCUAAUGCUGAGAUGGCUGGCAUGGAAGUUGGGAAAAAGAUUUUUGCCAUUAAUGGUGACCUGGUUUUUAUGAGACCUUUCAAUGAAGUGGAUUGCUUCCUGAAAUCAUGCUUAAACAGCAGAAAACCUCUAAGAGUUCUCGUGAGCACAAAGCCAAGGGAGACAGUGAAAAUCCCAGAUUCAGCUGAUGGGCUUGGAUUCCAGAUCCGAGGAUUUGGCCCUUCUGUUGUGCAUGCAGUAGGAAGAGGAACUGUGGCCGCAGCAGCUGGCCUUCACCCUGGACAGUGUAUUAUCAAAGUGAACGGAAUCAAUGUCAGCAAAGAGACCCACGCCAGUGUCAUUGCGCAUGUUACAGCCUGUAGGAAAUACAGGCGACCAAUGAAGCAAGAUUCCAUACAGUGGGUUUAUAAUAGCAUUGAGAGCGCUCAGGAGGACCUCCAAAAAGCUAACUCCAAACCUCCUGGAGAUGAAGCAGGGGAUGCUUUUGACUGCAAAGUUGAAGAGGCAAUUGACAAGUUCAACACCAUGGCCAUCAUCGACGGGAAGAAGGAACAUGUGAGCCUGACCGUGGACAACGUCCACCUGGAGUACGGGGUCAUAUACGAGUAUGACAGCACGGCUGGGAUAAAGUGCAACGUGGUGGAGAAGAUGAUCGAGCCCAAGGGGUUCUUCAGCCUGACGGCCAAGAUUCUUGAAGCCCUGGCUAAAAGUGAUGAUCAUUUUGUACAAAACUGUGCUAGCCUAAAUUCUCUAAGUGAAGUGAUUCCUCCUGACCUUCAGAGUAAAUUCAGUGCCAUAUGCAGUGAAAGAAUUGAGCGCAUUUGUCAGAGAAUUUCCAGUUAUAAAAAGUUCUCUCGUGUGCUGAAGAAUAGAGCAUGGCCCACCUUUAAACAAGCCAAAUCUAAGAUCUCCCCACUGCACAGCAGUGAUUUCUGCCCUACUAACUGCCAUGUCAAUGUGAUGGAAGUGUCUUAUCCUAAAACAUCAACCUCCCUAGGGAGUGCAUUUGGUGUUCAGCUGGAUAGUAGGAAGCAUAAUUCUCAUGAUAAAGAAAAUAAAUCUUCGGAGCAAGGGAAACUGAGCCCUAUGGUGUACAUUCAGCACACCAUUACAACCAUGGCGGCCCCUUCAGGUCUGUCUCUGGGACAGCAGGAUGGCCAUGGUCUCCGGUAUUUGUUGAAAGAAGAAGACUUGGAAACCCAAGAUAUCUAUCAGAAACUACUGGGAAAACUCCAGACUGCACUGAAAGAAGUGGAGAUGUGUGUUUGUCAAAUAGACGACCUUCUGUCUUCAAUCACUUAUUCUCCUAAAUUGGAGCGUAAGACAUCAGAGGGCAUAAUACCAACAGACAGUGACAAUGAGAAGGGAGAAAGAAAUAGCAAACGAGUUUGUUUUAAUGUAGCAGGAGAUGAGCAAGAAGAUUCAGGUCAUGACACCAUCAGCAACAGAGACUCUUACAGCGACUGCAACAGCAACAGGAACUCCAUUGCCUCCUUCACCAGCAUCUGCAGCAGCCAGUGCAGUUCCUAUUUUCACAGUGACGACAUGGACUCGGGUGAUGAACUUCCCCUAAGUGUUCGCAUUUCUCAUGACAAACAGGACAAGAUACAUAGUUGCCUUGAGCAUCUUUUCAGCCAGGUGGAUUCAAUUACCAAUCUCUUAAAAGGACAAGCCGUUGUGAGGGCCUUUGAACAAACCAAGUAUCUCACACCAGGUCGGGUAUUACAAGAAUUUCAACAGGAAAUGGAAUCAAAGCUGAGUUGUCCGAAAAGGUUAAGGCUUCACAUCAAGCAAGAUCCUUGGAAUCUUCCCAGCAGUGUCCGGGCCCUUGCUCAGAACAUCAGAAAAUUUGUUGAAGAGGUAAAGUGUAGGAUACUCCUGGCUCUUCUUGAAUAUUCAGACAGUGAGACACAGCUCCGGAGAGACAUGGUUUUCUGCCAAAGUCUAGUGGCUACCGUCUGUGCCUUCUCUGAGCAGCUCAUGGCAGCCUUAAACCAGAUGUUUGACAACAGCAAGGAAAAUGAGAUGGAGACUUGGGAAGCCAGCAGAAGGUGGCUGGACCAGAUAGCGAAUGCGGGUGUUCUCUUUCACUUUCAGUCACUUCUGUCCCCAAACUUGACAGAUGAACAAGCCAUGCUAGAAGAUACACUGGUUGCACUAUUUGAUUUGGAAAAAGUUUCAUUUUACUUUAAACCAUCAGAAGAGGAACCACUGGUUGCAAAUGUUCCUCUUACAUACCAAGUGGAAGGAAGUCGGCAAGCUCUGAAGGUUUAUUUCUACAUUGAUAGUUAUCAUUUUGAACAACUGCCCCAAAGAUUGAAAAACGGAGGAGGAUUUAAAAUUCAUCCUGUUCUUUUUGCACAAGCACUGGAAAGCAUGGAAGGAUAUUAUUAUAGAGACAAUGUUUCUGUGGAAGAGUUUCAAGCCCAGAUAAAUGCAGCCUCCUUGGAAAAGGUCAAGCAAUAUAACCAGAAACUCAGGGCAUUCUAUCUGGACAAGUCAAAUUCACCACCAAACUCCACAUCCAAAGCUGCCUAUGUAGAUAAGCUAAUGAGGCCUCUCAAUGCUUUGGAUGAACUUUAUCGACUGGUAGCCUCAUUUAUCAGAUCAAAACGCACAGCUGCUUGUGCAAACACAGCCUGCAGCGCCUCUGGAGUUGGACUUCUGUCGGUUUCCUCUGAGCUGUGCGACAGGCUGGGAGCUUGCCACAUCAUCAUGUGCAGCAGCGGAGUGCAUCGGUGCACCCUGAGCGUGACACUGGAGCAGGCCAUCAUUCUAGCCAGAAGCCAUGGUCUGCCUCCUCGCUACAUUAUGCAGGCUACAGAUGUGAUGCGGAAGCAGGGAGCAAGAGUUCAGAACACAGCAAAGAAUUUGGGAGUGAGAGACCGGACCCCUCAGUCAGCUCCAAGGCUGUACAAGCUGUGCGAGCCCCCUCCCCCGGUUGGAGAAGAAUGAAGAAAAUCAAGGAACCAAACAGGCGGAAGCUUCCGAACACUGGCCCUGACUAAGUACAUGCUGGGUCAGCAUUCUCCAGCAUGCUAAAGAAAAAAAUAAAGAGAAGUGUUUUUUGUUUUUUGCUUUUUUUCCUCUAAAUCUUCCCCAUAGUGUAAAUAACUAAUGCUCAGUUUCUACUUGGAUAUUUAUGCUGGAAAUGAGUAGGAGUUCAUUCAGACUAUUCAACCUCACAAACUGAUCUUUCUAUAGAUUGACCUUAAGUCUUCAUUUUUAGGGCAAAAUUCGUCUCUGGAAUUUAUAGGAAAAAAAUUGUCAGAUUAUUGUGUCUCCUCUCUGAUUCAUGAAUUUGAUUGUGUGUUUUCAGUUUCUCCAAAUGGAUACAUAUAAUAAUGGAUAGUUUUACUUGAAGACAUCUGGCCACACUUGGCACAUCAUCAUGUUGAAAAUGUUAAGAAUGAUAUGGACUGGGAAUCAUAGGUGUUCCAUCCCCCAUUUUUGUCAGAGGAGGGUAUACGUGUGGAAGCUGGAAAUGCAUGCUUCCCUCUUUGUCCUGAGGGCUGCUUAGUAGAGGGGAAGAGAGCUACCAGGCCUUCAGCAAGACUUCCUUCCAUUGCUUCCAAGUGUACUUUAUGCUCAUGGACAAGUCCAAUGAGCUGGUGCUGUCCUUGGUCUCUACUGUGGGCCUGGCUUCCUACGGACACAUGUCCUACAUGCUGUAGCAUCAGUGACCCUGGGUAGGGCAGGGUGGGGAUCAGGAAGGUGAGGGAAAAGGGAAUAGGAAGGGAAGAAGAAAAAAAUGAACCUAUUUAAAAACUCACAUCUCUACCUUAGAAAGAUACCUAAAACUCAGGCUGGGACUGUAGCUCAGUGAUAGAGCACUUGCCUAGCAUGUGUGAGGCACUGGGUUAGAUCCUCAGCACCACGUAAAAAUAAAUAAAUAAAAUAAAGGUAUUGUGUCCAUGUACAACUAAAAAGAAUGUAAAAAAAAGAAAGAAAGAUACCUAAAACUCUCAAUUUUAUGAAGCCUUUUCCGCAAGAUGUCAGACUCUCUAAAGAGUAUACCAUCAGAGGAGUACUUUCUCAAUCAAGGUAUUAUACAAGACAUGAAAAUAAAACUGGUUAUAUUUUAAAAGAGCCAUCAGAAACCUUGAUUAUGGACACAAAGUAUUUUCCAUCUUCAUUCUAAAGUAUAUGUAAUUUUUGUCAUUUCUCUGAUAUGAUAUAUUGUUUUAUCAUUGUGAUUAACAUUUAUUUUAAAUUCAUAAUUUUCAAAAUAAUGGAAAGAUUCUUAAUGUGGUUGUAAUAAUUCGAGUCACACUUUGCUUAACAACAGGGGGAAGCUCUGAGAAAAGUGUCACUAGGCAAUUUCCUCAUUGUGCAAAUAUCAUAGCGUGUGCUUACACAAGCUUCAAGAAGGCUACAACAUCAUUAGUCAGAUGUUAAAUUUGUGGGACCCCUGUCGUAUUUGCUUUCCAUUAGUGACCAAAAUGUCAUUACGGAGCACAUGAAAUGCAUGUAGAUUUAGACUAAGUUGUGAAAUAACUAAAGUUUAGGGAAAUCAUUAUUACAUUUUAACUUGUGAAAUCUAAGAAUGGCUUUCAAAUUAUCCUUAAAAACCUUCAUCACUAGCAGUUGUGUUUUGAAUAACAGAAAUACUGUGUUUAUGCUAUAUUUAUGUACUACUGGGUCAGGAUAAUAAUUGUUAUUUGACACAGAAGCACUUGAGACUUUUCUGUUGAGCCCAUAGGUAUAGUGACAAACAAGGAAACCAAAGUUUCCAGAAGGAAAGGUCGAACGUUUUGAGUUUAAUGAAGACAAUGACCUCCAUCUAAGUCUCUAUAUUAAGUAACUCUUUAACUCUCAGAGGUCUCACAUUCUUGAUGUUUUCAGCAAGUGAUCCCAAAGGCUCAUCUAAUUUGAGAUUUUUCCUGUUCUGAAAAUUUGAUAACUUCCAGUGCAGGGCUAAUGAGUGAACAAAACUGGUUAAUUAGCCAGUGCUUUUCAUGUUGUCAUUAUUGUCUUCGAGUCACCACUCUGGCAGUGAUUCUCAUUAGAGGCAUGAAAGGGUCACCUGAACAUUUCAGUACUUUGCUACAUCUCCUGGGUCCACUAUCUGCUCUUUAGGUAUUUACACAUUAACAUAUUUUAAAGGAUCUAAUCUCCGUAUAAUAGAAUAUGCUUAAUAUUUUCAGGAUUAAAUGUAAGUGUACCAUCUAUCAGUGUAUAUGUCACUUACUAAAUUCAUGAAAGCCAGUAAUGUUUUAUAUCAACAUGGGUUGCUGUUGUUUUUUACUGUAAUAAAAUCUGUAGCUAACAUUUACUAAAUGAUCACUUUGUACUGAUACCUCUGAUUUCUUUGCCUGUAUUUUGUUACUACGUCACACAAUCCUCAUAACAUUGAUGUUAGGUGGUAUUCUUUUUAUUACUCCCAUUUUACAUUUGAGGAACUGACUUGUACAAGUUCACAUGACUAGCACUUGGUAGAACCAAAAUUUGAACAGGAAAUCUGCCUUCUUAAUAUGUUAUGCUGCUUUUCCUUGUUGAUAUAAGAACUAUUGUAAUAUUACCAAUUACUUGUUACUAAAGUUCAAGUUAUAUGGCAUGUGUUGCCAUUAAAAUAUGCAUAUUAUGCUGAAAAGAAAAAGCGAAUAGAAAUAUGUAAAAUGCCUUUAAUGCAUGAAAAUCAUAGGAUUUCCUGGAAAAUUUACCAUUUGUAUACACAUUUUGAGGAAAGCCAGUGCUGUUGCAACCUGAACAAAACAUUUUAUAUCAUAUUUCUAAUAAUUUAAGAUAGCAGUUUUAGAUAUAUAUGUAUUGCAAGUCUGGAAUAUAAUAAUAUAAAAUUCGCCGAUAAUUCCAAAACAGUGGUAACAGUAAAAAAAAUAGCUAAUGAAUCAAUUUUUCCAAUACCAUAAUAUAUUUCCUUAUGAUAUUGCACAUUUAACUUGCCUUGAGUUUUAGAAUGUGUUUACCUAAGUGCUUCAUGCUCCUUUGUAACCGUUGUUCCUUUGAACAUGGCUAAAACCUGCUAACUGUUCAUCCAAACUCUGGAUUUGGACAUCUACCUAAAAGGAAGGAGGGUCAUCAUUGAAAUUUGGGAUCGCAACAAAGGACCUGACUUUAAAAUAAUUAAUUAGUAAUUCAGAGCCAGUGCAUCAUAAACGUCCCAUCAUAACUGACUUAUUUUCUAAUAUUAUAAAAUUUAACAUGCUGCUAAGAGUAUGAGGAAUUUGAAAAGACUAGGAAUUUGCAUCUAUUCCCAUUAAAAUUUAAAGAGGAAGAGGAAGAAUUUCUGUACUGGCUUUUACAUAUGUUGGGUAUGUAAUGUUGGACUUAGAUUGUAAGCUUUAUUUUAUAAACCAAUAUCCCAGUCUGAGGUCUCAUACUGUCAUCUGUCCCUUUAAAGUACAUUCUUCUAGUGGCUUAGAGUCCUGUGCAUUUUGGCCACUCUUCUUGCAGCAACAAUAUUCUAUUCAAAGUGAGGUCAAUUUCUUAGGAUAUUAUAAAACAUAUGACAUUGGUUGUGACUCUAUUCAUUUGAAUUUUGUGAUCAUUAAAUGAAAAAAACAAAAUGGAGUUGACCUUGAUGAUGACCGUUUUAUCCAAGAAAAUGAACAGGCAAACAAAUUGUAAGGGGCAAACUGAUUUAAGAAAGCAAUACAUCAAGUUUAAGAAAGCAAUCUUGGGCUGGGGAGAUAGCUCAGUUGGUAGAUUGCCUGCCUCGCAAGCACAAGGCCCUGGGUUCAAUUCCCAGCACCAAAAAAAAAAAAAAAAAAAAAAAAAAAAAAUCUUUUUAGUCCUCUGGCAAUACAUUUUAUAGGCAAGAUUACUAUUUAUUGAUUUGGAAGUAUUGGAUUCAGAAUAAAUUACUCCUUGUAUUUAAAACUAAUACAUUUUUACCUAAAAUGCUAAAGUAGCCUUUCUUUAGAUCAAGUAGAUCUUAUUCUGUAUAGCAUUUAAUGCUGAUUAGUGGGCACAUUUUUAUUCACUUAUGAUUUUCUAAACUCAUAAUAAGGAAAUUAAAAUCAACAGUCAUCCUUCAAGUUGCUUGUACUUCAUAUUUUAUUUUAAAUGUCAUUUUCAGACUUCCUUCACAAGUGAUAUUGGAGCUAACUUUAUGUUUGACUGAAUUGCUUCUGAAUUUUUGGAAACUAUUUAAUUUUCAAGGACUAACUUUGCGUGUAACAUCUUACUAAAUUAUAGUUUAACAACUCUCAUAGCCAGUAGUAACCUCAUGAGCAGGUAUAUAUUUUCACCUGUUUGCUGAAUGAGUUGUCAGUUGUCCUGUUUAGGUAUUUAGGAAAGAAGAUUUUGAAAUGGUUUAGGAUGAUCUGAAUUUCAGUUAUGAAAAAAAUAUUUUGUACUCUCUCAAGUAUUUGGAUUUUUAGAGAUGAUCCCCAGCAAAGCUUUAACUUUCAGAACAGGUGGGAGGAAAAUGUAAGAUGGCUCUGUGCCAAGAAUGGCCCCAGGAGAUUCCCUUUACACAUACUGACACCAUCUCUCUAGGUGCUGCAAUUUCAGAAGAAUCUUAACUACUUCAACAAUUUGCCAUUAAAAGCAUGUAAAAUGCCUUUAAUGCACUGUCAUCAUUCAUAUUGCCAAACAUCUACAGGCAGGCAUGGAAGACUGUUAAAGUAUGGCCCCUGUGUCUUUUAGCAUUUGUUCACUAGACAGGGGGCCUACUUCACUCAGGAUAGUGUGUGUCUCUCACUGAGAAGAGAUUUCUGAAGUCUACUAGGUGUACUAAAUGAGAUAUAUGUGUAUGUAUGUCUAUAUAUAUUAUAUAUAUUUACUACUUUUGUUUAUAUGAUAGCACAUUAUAAAAUUACUGAGAUUCUUAAGUCUUGUUUUAUAGUAAAAUAUGAAAAAUGGAAUUGUUCAGUGUAUGUAAUGUAGACAUCAGAGCUGUCCAAGUAGUAAGUGUAUUUGGUUGAACAUCUUUUGAUCACUGAUGCUAGUUUGGUAUGUGUUAGUCAGCUUUCUGUAACCAUUAUAAAAUGCCUGAAAUAAUAAAAUUAUAAACAUACAAGGUUUGUUUCAGCUUACAGUUUGAGAGGUUCUAAAUAACCAGUUGGCCCCAUGGUUUUGAGCAAGAAGGGACUAGGGUCCUACAGUCCUUUUCAAAGGUACACCCCGCACGAUAUAACUUUCCCUCAUAAGCCCCACUCUGUGGUUCCACCAGUAGUGCCACUCUACUACAUGAACUUUUGAGGGACAUUCAAAUACCAACCAUACCACUAUUCAAUUUGAAAUUAUUUAAUCUGGCUUUGCCAUCAAGAAGUAGCUGGUUAAGAAAAAAAUUGUUAAAUUUUAAAAUUAUAUUUCUUCUAGAAAUGGGAAACUUUUGAUAGUUAAUUUUAGGUGCAAAUAACAAUAAAUGUCAUGUAGUAAUUUAACAAAUGUUUUCAAGAUUUUAUGUUGUACAUGGUGUAGCUGGUGGGUCUAGUAUAUGUGUUGGUUGUGUUUGGUUUGAAAAUCUUUAAUAUCUUUGUGUUUAUUGAUCACUUGUGUCUUUUAAAAUGGUAAUAUUCGUAACAAACCUAAUACCAUGUACUUAUAAAUAUUGUAUGUAGUCAAGAAUACUAAGUUGAUGAAAUACUUUAGAAAACACUUUCAAAUUUGAAUAUCUAAUACUUUCAAGCAAAUUUAUUAGAGUUCCAGAUGAAUAUAUAUUUUUGUAAUUGCCAAGUAAAUUAGAACAUAGCUUUUUGAUUAAAAAAAUAUUUUUAUAAAUACUUAUUUACACAGCAUUUGUUAUUUUAAAUGGUAAAAUAUCAAAUUGGUUCUAUAAAUAGUAAUUGUUUUGAAUAUAUCUAUAUUUAACAUCAUAUAACAUCCCAAAUUUAAUGAUGUAUUUCAUCUGAAUGUGUUAUU